CGUGCGCUUCGCCGUCCCGCUGCCACGCGGGCCCCACCAGCCAGUAUCAAACCCUAUCCCCCUCUCCUCAGGCCUUUGGUCUCGGCGGCUUGGCGCUUUGCAUCUCUCUCAGUCCCAGUCGCCGGCGCGGCCGCAGAAUCCGAGGUUAGGGUCCGCCGUCGAGAAGGAGGUGGCGGCGAUGAUGGCUUGCCGGCUGCGGCUCCACCAGCGUGUAUCGUUCCAUCGUUUAAUCAACCAGGUGCUCUUUUCUUCCACAGUUAGGCUGGUUGGAGUCCGGCCGACCUGCUGCUCUCCGUCCAGGGACUUUGCGGCUGUCAAAUCCCAGAAAAUCCAGCCCCCCAAGAAGAAAAAGCGAUUGGACGAGGCAUGCCUUGAGAGGUAUCAGCAAUACAGUAGAACGUACAUCCAGUCAUGGAUUCUUCAGGGUAAGGUCCAUGUAAACGGAAGGAUCGUGAACAAAGCUGGAACACAAGUAUCUGACAAGUCAGUCAUAGAAAUCAAGGCUGAAAUCCCGAAAUAUGUAUGUAGGGCUGGGCAUAAGCUUGAGGCAGCUAUCAAAGAAUUUGGAGUUGACUGUGAUGGAAAGAUAGCCCUUGAUUCAGGGCUGUCUACAGGUGGUUUUACCGACUGUUUACUUCAGCAUGGGGCAUCACAUGUGUACGGUGUUGAUGUUGGCUAUGGACAGGUGGCUGAAAAAAUUCGUGUGCAUGAACAUGUCUCAGUAAUUGAACGUACAAACUUGAGACAUCUUACUAAGCUGCCACAACUGGUUGACCUAGUGACGUUGGACCUAUCAUUCAUCUCAAUUCUUGUGGUUAUGCCUGCAGUGGUCAAAGUAAUGAAGACAGACUCAACAUUGAUAACACUUAUCAAACCUCAGUUUGAAGCUCGUAGAUCUCAGGUAGGAAAAGGUGGGAUUAUUCGAGACCCUCUGGUUCAUAAGGAGGUGUUAGAUAGGAUAAUUUCAGGCGUUGAGCAGUUUGGAUUUCGCAAUGGGGGCUGGAUCGAGUCUCCGCUGAAAGGCGCAGAAGGGAACACAGAGUUUCUUGCCUGCUUCGAGAGGAUCCAAUGCCAGAGCCACACGCAGAGGCAGAGGCAGAGCCAGAAGCAGUGGUAGAAGCACAGGCAGAGGCAAAGGCAGAAGCAGAGCCAGAGCCAGAAGCAGUGGUAGAAGCACAGGCAGAGGCAAAGGCAGAAGCAGAGCCAGAGCCAGAGCGAGAGGAAACAUGAUUCUUAUUAUUAUGUCCAUGGCAUGACAAGUUUUUUUAGAGAGUAGCUGGAGAAUCCUGAAGUAGACCAAGGAAGUUAUAAGAGAUUAGCAUGCUGUGAUAUGAGAGAUCUCCUUUGCUGUAACCGAGCGUCAUAAGAAGUUAGAAGUAUCUGGAUUUCCUCAAUCAGGUUAUACUGGGAUUUCUUUUUAAUUUGCCGCUGCGAAGCUCAAAAAUUGCAUUGUCCAAGACCGACAAAGUAGAUCCAGACAUGACAGUCAGGUACUCAAUUGUAUACAAAAUUGAAAUGAAUGAAACAAUUAGCUCA